ACAGUGGCGAGCGUUGUUGCACAAUAAUGCCUCAGUGGUUAUUGACACACAGCCAUUCGAAUCCGGAAAUUAACAACAAACUCGUGAUGUCAGGAGGAGUGGGAGAGAAGCAGACAGCACAGGAGAAAAUCACAUGUAUUUCCUAGGAUUUAUGAACUGUAGAGAUAUGACAUUGUCAUAUGAUGGAGUUAACGCGUGAAACGAGCACUGGACAUGUUUCAGGGAGAUUGUGGAUGAUCGCUGGUCCAAACUGAAAGUGUUUUCACGCGCAUCGUGUGCUUCCUAUUCCAGAUCGACUUUUCAGCAAACAUGACGCGACUCGCAUUAGAACAAGUGACUGAUUUCGGUGAUUUCACGAAAGGAAAGGUUCUAAAAGAGUUUUUCAGGCAGGCAUACUCCAACAUCUCAUCUCAAACCUGCCUGUCUGAUGUGCGUCUGAGUCCAGAUGGACGUCACAUUCAUGUCAUUGUGCGUCAGCCCAAGAGUGGUCUUAUGACACAUGACAAAUAUCAGCGACCUCAUCUCAUGCAAUGCCAGAAACACAAUGAUUUAGUGCUAUCUGGAAAUGUGCCUGUAGUGGAUGUCAUUUAUAUCCCUCAAAGCAAACCAGAAGACGGAGCCUCUGUGCUGGGAGUAAUAUUUGAGAAUGGAAGAGUGGAAUUCUGGAAAUUCCUAGAGUGCAGAUCAGGCUGGCAUUUACUCCAGACUGUGGAUCUGUGCAACAGCCCUCGUGCUAAAGUCAGUUCUGUGUGCAUGUGUCAGAAUGUCAUUAUAUGGUGUGAGGAGCGACCACCAUCUGAGAACUCCAAUAGUGUGUGCAGCAACUUCAGGUUCUGCAUCUGCAAAAAGACUAUUGAAGUUAAUGAGGGAGGUGUCAAUUUAGGAAACGUGAAAAUUGCAUUGCACAAUAAUCCACGAUACACAACCGUCAGUUCUGGGGAUUUGGUCUAUCUGCUCCCAGACAUGAGGGAAAACUCUUCCAUGGGUGUUUUGAAAGUGUUUCUUGCAUGGUCUCCUGAACAUGACAGCUUUAAAGUGCAUAGUGCCUGUAGUUGCACACUUAUGAAAAGCUCAAGCAAGGAAUCUGACUUCAAGAGACUUGUUACAGACUGCAUUGGCCUUCUAUUCACCAUAAAUCCUCCUGAUAUCUGUGGAUUCUCUCCAACUGGAUGUGGAGACCUCCUGCUCCUUCUCAGCACUGGUUGGGUAUGCAUUAUGAAGAGGGACGGCAGUCUUCACAACAUAUACAAACUUCCUGAUAACUGCCUAAGUGCUAGUGGGUCCCAAAAUAGCCUGAAUAUAUAUAACGAAAUCCUGGCACUAACAAUAGGCAGGACCCUCUUCUUAAUCGACACCAAAUGUGGUCUGGAAUUAGAAAGAAUAAGCCUGAAAACAGAAGGUCUUCUCUUCAUAAACACUUUGGACAGUCACUCUCCACUAAUGCUGUCAGAAACCGGGCUGUUUGUGGUCACGCAAAAACCGAAGCCUUCUCCAACACUUUCAGAAGACUCGAGUGCACUCUUAGUUGAGGCUGUCUUUGAGGAGGCAUGCAAAUACUAUCAGCAAAGAAGUCUAAGUAGCACGCAGCUCACGGUGGAGAAGCUCAAAAACGGUGGAAUGUUUCAAGCGCCCAUAUCACUGGCUGCCAUCCUCAGGGAUUACCUCAGCAACCAGAAGACCAAAACUGGCGAGAAACAUUCUACAGGUCAAGAAAGGCUCAUGAGCUCACUCGAAUCGGAACUCAGGAGUCUUGUUUUGCUGGAGGACAUCAAAACAUCAGUGGUGAAGAACAAAAUUUAA